AACAUAACCUGAAUUAAAAUACAAUUUUUAAAAUGUUUGAAAAAGUGAUAUGUAGAUCACUUACAUAUUUAUUAAAUAUUCCUAAAUGUAGUGCAAAUGUUUUAAACAAGCCUUAUAUUAAAUCCUACACGACACAUCUCAGGCCUUCCAAUUUGCAAUACCAUAAAAAUGUAAGAUUAUCUAGUGGACAUGAUAUGCCAAUUGUUGGUCUUGGUACCUGGAGGGCGCAACCUGAAGAAGUUGAAAACGCUGUCUCAGUUGCUCUAGAGGAGGGAUAUCGACAUAUCGACACAGCUUUUAAUUAUAAUAACGAGGAAAGUAUUGGCAAUGCCCUACAAAAAUGGUUUAGCUCAGGAAAAGGAAAACGGGAAGAUCUAUUUAUUACUACCAAGUUACCCAAUUUUGGGAAUCGUCCAAAAGAUGUGAAGAGAUUCCUCAAAAUGUCCCUUGAACGAUUAAAGCUUGGUUACGUGGAUUUAUAUUUAGUACACAUGCCGUUUAGUUUUCACUUGAAUGAGGCAAACCUGACGCCCUCGGUCAACGAAGAUGGAUCGUUUAGUCUGGAUACUGAAAGCGAUAUCGUCGAAACUUGGAAGGUUAUGGAGCAACAAGUUAAAGACGGACUAACGAAAGCCAUCGGCCUGUCGAAUUUUAACGCUGCGCAAAUAAACAAAAUUUACGAAAAUGCCGAAAUUAAACCGGCUGUCCUACAAGUUGAACUACACGCGUACUUACAGCAGAAAGAAUUAAGAGACACUUGCAAGAAAUUAAAUGUCGCGGUGACUGCGUACUCGCCUUUAGGGAGCCCCGGAGCGAACGUGCAUUUCAACACAAAGUACAACUAUUCUCUGGACGAUUUCCCGGAUAUACUGGGUCACCCCACAGUGACGGAACUGGCAGAAAAAUAUAAAAAAUCACCAGGACAGGUCCUUUUGAGGCACCUUACACAGCAGGACGUCAUAGUCAUUCCAAAAAGCGGUAAUCCCGACAGGAUCAAAGCAAACAUCGACAUUUUCGACUUUGAACUGAACGACGAAGACAUAGAAAAGCUCGACGUGUUGGACAGGGGCGAGAAAGGGCGGAUAUUUAAUUUCCUUUUCUUCAAGGGGGUAGAAAAGCACCCGGAAUACCCGUUUAAGGUGGACGCCCAGUGAUCCCGUUAAAACGUUAAUAUUUCGUGCUUCGCUGGUACGGAGAAAUAAACGCUUUGUCCGUGAAAGCUUGUAUUUAUAAUAAUAAAAAAAAUGGUAAUUA